AAAAUAAUAGAGUAAUAUUACCAGCUUCUUAUAAUGGCGGCUAAAUCGGACGGGGUCCUGAAGAUGAAGAAGAGUGACGUGGCCUUCACUCCCCUGCAGAACUCGGAGCACUCCGGCUCGGUGCAGGGACUCCACCCGGGCGGCCAGCCCGACUCUGCGGGCACCGGGGACGGGGACUUCGCCAACGGGGAGUCGCGGUGCUGCGGUGGAGGAGGCACCAACUCGACGUGCCUUCGCCUGGGCAGGGAGCAGCAGAAAUACACGGUGUGGGACUGCCUUUGGAUCGUAGCCGCAGUAGCCGUGUAUCUGGCCGAUGUGGGCACCGACGUGUGGCUAUCGGUCGACUACUACCUCCGCCGCGAUUACUGGUGGUUCGGCCUGACGCUCUUCUUCGUGGUGCUGGGCUCCUUCUCGGUCCAGCUCUUCAGCUUCAGAUGGUUCGUCCACGACUUCGGCACCGAGGACGGCGCAGAAUCCGCCGCCGAUUGCUCCCACAUGGACGGGAAUAAGCUCCUGAGCGGCUCGGCCUCGCACGGCGACGUUACCGCUCACCACCACCCGGCCACGCCGCAGAGACAGGCGUCGACCGCCAGCAAGAACACCACGACCAACAGCACGGCGAGCACCGCGGUGGGCAGCAGGAACAGGAAACGGUCGGCCUACUACUCCUUCUGCGUCUGGUUCGGCCAGUCCAUCAUCCACAUCCUCCAGCUGGGCCAGAUAUGGAGGUAUUUCCACACCAUCUACCUGGGCAUUCGGAGCCGCCAGAGUGCUGAGACGGAGCGCUGGCGUUACUACUGGAGGAUGGUCUACGAGUUCGCAGACGUGAGCAUGCUGCAUCUACUGGCCACCUUUCUGGAGAGCGCUCCACAACUUGUGCUGCAGCUGUGCAUCAUCAUACAGACACACAAGCUGCAGGCUAACCAAGGUAUGACAGCUGCAGCCUCCCUCGUCUCUCUGGCCUGGGCCCUGGCCUCCUACCAGAAGGCCCUGCGAGAGUCCCGGGACGACAAGAAGCCGAUCAGCUACCUGGCCGUCAUCAUCCAGUUCUGCUGGCACUUCUUCACCAUCGCAGCGCGGGUCAUCACCUUUGCCCUGUUCGCCUCUGUGUUCCAGCUCUAUUUUGGCAUCUUUAUUGUGCUGCACUGGUGCAUCAUGACCUUCUGGAUCGUCCACUGUGAGACUGACUUCUGCAUCAGCAAGUGGGAGGAGAUUGUGUUUGACAUGGUGGUGGGCAUCAUCUACAUCUUUUCCUGGUUUAAUGUCAAGGAGGGAAGGACAAGGUGUCGAUUGUUCAUCUACUACCUGGUAAUCUUGGUGGAGAACGCUGCUCUCAGUGCGUUGUGGUAUCUGUACCGGUCGCCUCACACCACCGACGCCUUCGCAGUGCCGGCACUCUGCGUCAUCUUCAGCAGUUUCCUCACUGGAGUGGUUUUCAUGCUCAUGUACUAUGCCUUUUUCCAUCCCAACGGGCCGCGCUUUGGACGUUCGCUGAGCGGCCAGGGCCUUGACCUGGACCCCACUGCUCAGUUCUCCACACUACCGUCGGAAGGUGCCACCAACUCAUUGCGCUCCAACAGAGGCGCCACCACAACUCUGGAGCGUGACAUGGGGAAGUAUUCUGAGCGGGAUGGCUGCAUGCCAGUGUUUCAGGUACGACCCACGGUGCCGUCCACUCCUUCAUCUCGCGCUCCGCGCCUCGAGGAAACCGUCAUCAAGAUAGACCUUUGCAGGAACCGCUACCCAGCCUGGGAGCGUCACGUCCUGGACCGCAGUAUUCGCAAGGCAAUCCUGGCCAUAGACUGCUCCCUGACUCCUCCACGGCUGCAGUACAAAGAUGACGCUCUGGUGCAGGAAAGGUUGGAAUAUGAGACCACUUUAUAA